AAAAAAAGAGAGAGAGAGAGAGAGAGAGAGAAAGAAAGAAAGAAAGAGAGGAAGAGAAAAAGAGAUGAAGGCGAGGCGGGGUGGAGAAGCAGCGCUCCCGAUUAACGACGAGCAGCGACUCAGGUCGAGCAGACGCCUGUAAUAUAGACAUAUAAUACAUAUAAAUAAUAAUAAAACAAGAAUCUGCAAUCGGAUCGCGCCUCGAAACAAAGCGGCGGAGAAACAGAGAGAGAGGAGAGAGAGAGAGAGAGAGAGAGAGGGAGAGGAGAGGAGAGGAGAGAGGAGAGAGAGAAAAUGGAUCUGAGAUUCUGAGACGCGAUCGACGCAAAGAAAGAAAUACAAGUAGCGGAAAAAGGCGUUUGCAAGCGGGGUCCUCUCUCCUCCUCUGCUCUGCUGUGUGUGUGCCACCCCCCUCCUGUUUGGGGGCGCCCCCCCUGCCCCCCCGCCAUGCCUUCGAAUGCGCGGGCAGGGAGCCUGAAGGACCCCGAGGUGGCGGAACUCUUCUACAGAGAGGACCCCGAGAAGCUGUUUGCUGAUCUCCGGGAGAUCGGCCAUGGCAGCUUCGGGGCCGUCUACUUUGCGCGUGAUAUCCGUAACAAUGAGGUUGUGGCGAUCAAGAAAAUGUCGUACAGCGGGAAGCAGUCCAAUGAGAAAUGGCAGGACAUCAUUAAGGAGGUGAAGUUUCUUCAGAAGCUGAGACACCCGAACACUAUAGAGUACCGAGGAUGCUACCUGAGAGAGCACACUGCGUGGCUUGUCAUGGAGUAUUGUUUGGGCUCUGCUUCAGAUUUGCUGGAGGUACACAAGAAGCCGCUACAGGAAGUGGAGAUUGCUGCUAUUACCCAUGGUGCACUGCAGGGCCUGGCAUACCUGCAUUCUCACAAUAUGAUACACAGGGAUGUGAAGGCAGGUAAUAUCCUCCUUACAGAACCGGGUCAGGUCAAGCUGGGGGAUUUUGGCUCCGCUUCCAUCAUCGCGCCCGCGAACUCCUUCGUGGGGACGCCAUAUUGGAUGGCCCCAGAGGUGAUUCUGGCAAUGGAUGAAGGACAGUAUGAUGGGAAGGUGGAUGUCUGGUCAUUGGGAAUCACCUGCAUUGAACUGGCUGAGAGGAAGCCUCCCUUGUUCAACAUGAAUGCAAUGAGUGCCUUGUAUCACAUCGCCCAGAACGAAUCACCCACACUGCAGUCAAACCACUGGUCAGAUUACUUCCGGAACUUUGUGGAUUCCUGCCUGCAGAAGAUUCCGCAAGACCGUCCCACUUCAGACGUUCUGCUCAAGCACCGGUUCCUGGUGCGAGAGCGCCCCCUGUCGGUGGUGAUGGAUCUGAUUCAGCGCACCAAGGACGCGGUGCGGGAGCUUGAUAACCUACAGUACCGCAAGAUGAAGAAGAUCCUGUUCCAAGAGGCACACAAUGGGCCAGCACAGGAGGGGCCGGAGGAGGAGGAGGAGGUAGAGCAGUACCACUCUGGCACAGUGAACAGCAUGGAGAGCUCUCACUCCCUGCCCAGCAUGUCAAUCAGUGCCAGCUCUCAGAGCAGCUCCGUGAACAGCCUGGCCGGGGGCUCAGACGACAGCGGCGAGAUCGCCAUGAUGCAGGAGGGAGAGCACACGGUCACUUCAAACAGCUCCGUCAUUCACCGGCCCCCGGGUCAUGACAAUAUCUACGACGAUCCCUACCAGCCUGAAAUGGAAACUCAGCAACAGGGCAGUUCAGCAGCGCGGCGCAAAGCUUACUACAGGAACAGAGAUCACUUUGCAACCAUCCGCACUGCAUCCCUGGUGACUCGGCAGAUCCAGGAGCAUGAGCAAGGCUCGGCUCUGCGGGAGCAGAUGUCCGGGUACAAACGCAUGCGACGGCAGCACCAGAAGCAGCUCAUGGGCCUGGAGAACAAGCUGAAGGCUGAGAUGGAUGAGCACCAGCUGAGACUGGACAAGGAGCUGGAGACGCAGAGGAACAGCUUCGGAGUGGAGGGGGACAAACUAAGCAAGAAGCACCAGGGCAUACUGGAGAAGGAGGUGAAAAGUGCGAUGGCUGAAGAGAAGAAGUUCCAGCAGCACAUCCUGGGCCAGCAGAAGAAGGAGCUGACUAGCCUCCUGGAGGCACAGAAACGAGAGUAUAGACUGCGCAAGGAACAGCUCAAAGAGGAGCUGCAGGAGAACCAGAGCACCCCAAAGCGGGAGAAGCAGGAGUGGCUGCUGAGGCAGAAGGAGACGAUGCAGCUGUACCAGGCCGAGGAGGAGGCCCACCUGCUCCGGCGCCAGCGGCAGUACUUCGAGCUGCAGGGCCGGCAGUAUAAGAGGAAGAUGCUGCUGGCAAAACAUAACCUGGAGCAGGACCUGCUGAGAGAGGACCUCAAUAAGAAGCAGACCCAGAAGGACCUGGAGUGUGCCAUGCUGCUCCGGCACCACGAGUCCACCCAGGAGCUGGAGUUCCGACAGCUGAGUUCCGUGCAGCGGACCCGGUCCGAGCUGAUCCGGCUCCAGCACCAGACUGAGCUGGGAAACCAGCAGGAGUACAACCAGCGGCGAGAGCAGGAGCUGAGGCAGAAGCACGCUGUGGAAGUGAGACAGCAGCCCAAGAGCCUGAGAUCGAAGGAGCUGCAGAUUAAGAAGCAGUUUCAGGAUACCUGUAAGAUCCAGACCCGGCAGUACAAGGCCCUGCGGAACCACCUGCUGGAGACAACGCCCAAGAGCGACCACAAGACCAUCCUAAAGAGACUGAAGGAGGAGCAGACACGCAAGCUGGCUGUACUGGCAGAGCAGUAUGACCACAGCAUCAACGAGAUGCUCUCCACACAGGCGCUGCGAUUGGAUGAGACGCAGGAGGCGGAGUAUCAGGUGCUGCGGAUGCAGCUUCAGCAGGAGCUGGAGCUUCUGAAUGCCUAUCAGAGCAAAAUCAAGAUUCACAGCGACGCACAGCAUGAGAGGGAGGGGAGAGAACUGGAGCAGAGAGUGUCAAUCCGGAGAGCACUGCUGGAGCAGAGAAUUGAGGAGGAGAUGCUCUCGCUGCAGACGGAGCGCUCGGAGCGGAUCCGAUCCCUGCUGGAGCGCCAGGCCCGGGAGAUCGAGGCAUUCGACUCGGAGAGGCGUCUGGGCUUCAGUAACAUGGUGACAGGAAUCCCCGCAGAGGCCUUUAACCAGGGGUCCCCAUGGCCCCCCCCCAGGGCUGGACCUCCCGCCCCGUCCCCCGCAGCGGCUCCCACUGGAGCCACGCCGUGCACCCUCAAAACAGCGGGGCCCCCCCCUCCUGGAGGCAGGGCCCGGGGCAGGGCCAGAGUGCAAGCAGCUACCACCAACACCACCAACCACACCAACCGCAUCACUCGAACCUGCACCAGCUGCACCCCCACCACCCCUCUCACCCCUCUCACUCCCCUCACUCGUCCUCGCACCACUCCCCUCACACAGGGGGCAGGGAGGUGGUAGAGCGGGGAGGGGGGGAGAGGGUGGAGAGAGAGAGAGGAGGGGCCUGGUCAUCCU